AUGACGCUAAUCGUAGGGCACAAUGCCAGUCUUCGAUAUCGGGAGUCCGUCGUCCUCAACCAACAAAUGCCGCAGCUCUUCGCUGAUGAGAUAACAACCUCGCAUCACAGUAUGAUUCGAGUAGUAUCCGCCUUUCUGCACUUGACAGUAGCGGACGCGAGCGUGCACAUUCGUUCUGCACUGUUGCUCAUUCACCAGAUCGGCGGGUAUGCACAGCAUCAUGAUCCACAAUAA